CCGCCCCGUCCCCUCCCACAGGCCGUCCCCUUCGGUCCCACUCCCCUCCCUCCCUGCGUUCUCGGAAGAAAAAACCGCUGUCCUCUCCUCCCUCCUCCGAGAGAAACCGGCAGAGAUGGGUUCGGCCAAGCGACUGAACCGGGAACUGGCGGACAUCAAGGCAUCGGGCAAGGCUUUCAUCCGGAACCUGCAGGCCGACGACAAUGUGUUCACCUGGGAGGGGCUGAUCCUGCCGCAACAGCCCCCCUACAACAAGGGGGCUUUCCGGAUUUGCAUUCACUACCCCAGCGAUUACCCGUUCAAGCCGCCCAAGCUAACGUUUAAGACACAAAUUUACCACCCGAACGUAGAUGAGAAGGGGCAAGUCUGUCUGCCAAUCAUCAGCGUGGACAACUGGAAACCUGCCACCAAGAUCAUGCAAGUUAUCGAGUCCCUUGUCCAGCUGAUCGAGAACCCGGAGCCGGAGCACCCGCUGAGGACGGAACUUGCCGAGGAAUACAGCAAGGACCGGGAGAAGUUCCAGAGGAACGCCGAGGAACACACCAGGAAGUACAGCGAGAAGCGGCCGCUGGAUUGAACCGCUCACUGUCCAAGGGGUUGGGGUUGUGGGGUGACGUGGCAUUGAUUGGGUUGGGUGGGGUUGACUGGGUUGAGGUUUGCAUUAAGUUUGGUUGGGAUUGGUCAGUUUAGGUUGAGUUGGGUUGGGAUUGGUUGGUUUGUGUUGACUUGGGUUGGGAUUGGUUGGUUUAGGUUUAGUUGGGUUGGGAUUGGUCAGUUUUGGUUGAGUUGGGUUGGGAUUGGUUGGUUUGUGUUGACUUGGGUUGGGAUUGGUUGGUUUGGGUCGAGUUGGGUGGGAAUUGGUCUGUUUGGGUUGAGUUGGGUUGGGAUUGGUCGGUUUGGGUCGAGUUGGGUGGGCAUUGGUUAUUUGGGUUGAGUUGGGUUGGGUUUGUUGGUUGCGUUGGAUCGGGUUAAGAGUAGCUGGGUUUUAUUGAUGCAAACACAAGGAAUUCUGCAGAUGCUGGAAAUUCAAGCAACACACAUCAAAGUUGCUGGUGAACGCAGCAGGCCGGGCAGCAUCUCUAGGAAGAGGU